GCCUUCAACGCGACAACGCGGAGUUAAAAGAAGCAAAAUUUCAUUCUUACCACGUUAAUACGUGUAAUUAAAAUGUAUUACGUGUUUUAAUUUGUACAUACAAUUAUUUUAACGUUCUAAUAUUGGUUAAGUAACCAAUAAUUUGGUUUUUUGUACAUAAUGACCGCCUCCGGCUUUAGACUUUGGGUAGUUAUUUUAGCCCUUGUUAUUGUUACUUCUGCACAUUUAAAUCCUAAAAGAGAUGAGAAAAAAGCGAAGUCAGUCACUAGUUUCGUUAGUGCUAAAUGGGAAGCAACACCAAUUGUUCUAGAGCUAGCUGAAUAUCUUGCUACUGAAAGCUCCGACUUGUUCUGGUCAUUUGUGGAUGGUAUAAAUUCGUUAAAAUCUACUCUUGAAGAAUUAGAGACUGACAUAGAUAUAUACAAUGCAUGCAUUGGUGUUGCCAGCUCGUUGCUGGCACCAGCACAGUUGCGAAUGGCUAAACUGGCAUUAUCCAUGCACACCACGUCACCGACUGUCCGAAUGUUUGAUGAGAUUGCGGCACAGAACGGGGCCAAGAGUGUUGCUUGCCCUACUUUUGUUUCCAUUGCUUCAAGACAAGUUUGUGAUAAUGAUGUGUUACGUGAUAUUCUCAAAUCAUAUAACAAAUAUGAGCCUGAAGAACACAGAUUGGAGACAUAUUUGCUGGACCAUUCGUAUCCAAGCAGUGACAACAAAACUCUUACUGCCAUAUUGUAUGGAGAGCUUGGUUCCAAAGAUUUUACUAGCAAACAUAAAAUCUUGACAGCUUAUGCAGACAGAGGAGUAAUCAAUUAUGUUGCCAGGUGGAAUGUUAAGACUAGUGGUAAGCCCAAACUGCGACUGUCUGGUUAUGGAGUUGAACUACAACUGAAGAGUACUGAAUAUAAAAGUCAAGAUGACUCUACUCCGAAGGAAUCUGAGAGCAAUGAAGCUUCUCAAGCUAAUGAGGAAGAUGAUGAGAAUGACCCACAAAAUCAGAUUGAUGGAUUUAACUUUGGAAGAUUAAAGAAUCUGUUUCCUGCUUUGCGUACGCCGCUGGAGCGUUUUCGCCGGCACUUGUCCGAGUCGAGCGAAGAGCUUGCGCCUCUGAAGGUGUGGCAAAUGCAAGCACUGAGCAUGCAGGCGGCCGCCGCGGUGGCCGAUGCAGCCGAUGCUGGGGGCGAUGAGCCACUCAGGGUUCUCGCUUCAAUUGCGCAAAACUUUCCAAUGCAGACUAAGUCGCUGAUACACGUGAACGUGCCGCGCUCGUUCCGCGACGAGGUGCUGUUCAACCAGGACGUGUGGGCGUCGUCGCUGGGGCUGCGCGCCGCGGAGCCGCUGCUGCUGGUGUCGGGCGCGCAGUACGACGCCGAGGACGUGGACGUGCUGGCGCUGCUGGCCGCGCUGCGCGAGGACAUCGGCCCCAUGAACACAUUGCAUGCGCUCGGUCUGUCAAAAAAACUGAUCAACACCCUAAUGUCCAUGGAAGUGGGCGAGUCGUUCACCUGGGAGGAAUACGGGCUGGACAUCCGAGACACGGCGGUGACGUGGCUCAACGACCUGGAGUCCGACGAGCGCUACCGCCGCUGGCCGUCUUCCUACAUGGAGCUGUUGAGACCGACGUACCCUGGCAUGCUCAGGAAUCUUAGGAGGAAUAUUUACAAUUACGUGAUAGUAGUGGACCCGACAUCGUUGUCCUCGACGCCGCCACUGAAGCUGGGCGAGACGUUACUGAAGCACGCGACGCCGGUGCGCGUAGGGCUGGUGCUCGCGGCGGGUGUCGACGCCGCGCUUACCGCUGCCGUGCGUUGCGCUUUCAACUACGUGGCGCAGGAGAAGAACUCUAACAAGGAGGCCUUCUACUUCCUUACCCAGCUCGUCCACUCGACUCAAAACGAACCAAUCAACAUCGAACACGUAAAGACGAACUUAAAGAAAUAUGUGAGCUCAAGUGGGAGCAAUAUAGACGACAUUAUUUCCGAAGAUUCCGAGUAUAACUUCGGCAGCCAGUUAGCUGAAGAAUAUGUAUCCAAAAUUGGCACCAAUAAGUACCCACAGGUGUUGAUAAACGGCGUGCCGCUGUGGGACGACGGGCCGACGCCCGUGACGGCCUCCGUGGAGCUGCUGGAGGAGGCGCUGGUGUCCGCGCUGUCGCGGCACACAGGCCGCUUCCAGCGCGCCGUGUUUAGGGGCGAGCUCUCCGAUAUGGACGAUGCCGUUGACUUCCUUAUGAAGCAGUCGCAUAUCAUGCCCAGGUUAAACAAACGUAUCCUCAGCUCCGAACCCUCCCAGUACUUGGACUUGUCGGGUGUGCCUGCUUCUAGUGAAUUUUUCACGGAAGAAAAAGUUCAUAGAAUGUUACAAUUGACAGGACGCGACGCAAUAGCAACCGCCCUGCCGCUUCUCAGAUAUUUCGCCAAGUCUGGCACACCGGAGAAGAUCACGCAAACUAUCUGGAUCACUGGCGAUCUCAACCAAAAACUUUCUAGGGAACUGCUAAACAAUGCUCUUACUUUCAUGAGAGAUUCGCGUGGAGUGCGCGUGGCUUUCAUUCCAAACGUGGACGGAUCGUCUAGAGCGGACCAGUCUCUCAACAAGGUGGUCCUCGCGGCGCUGACGGCGCUCGACCCUGCCAAGGCCACCAAAUACGUCACGCAGCUCUUGGAAGACGAGGGCUGCCACGAAAGACAGGAUUGCGAUAUAUUGCCGGAGUUGGUGCCUGCGUUGAACCGCUACGACUGGGUGCUGAAGGCGGCGCGGGUGCUGUGCGCGCGCAGCAUGAAGCUCCGCGCCGGCGCGCGCGCAGUCCUCCACAACGCUCGUCUCAUCGGCCCGCUAGACGGGGACGAGCGGUUCACGCUUGACGACUUCCUGCUACUAGAGAGAUUUAGCAGCAACAUGUAUGCCGAUAAAUUAGCAGAAAUAUUUAAUAAGAAAAAAACUGUGACAAAUGAAGUUACUGAUGAUGACGAAGAAGAACAAUACGACGUAUCGAAGCUGAGCGCGGACGAGAUGCUGAAGGCGGUGUCGGUGCUGGCGGCGCGCAGCCCGCGCUCGCGCACGCCGCUGCCCGCGGGGCUGCGCGCCGACCACUCGCUCGUGGAGCUGCCGCCGCUGCACACAGACGAGGCCGCCAUUGAGAUCGUGGCAGUGCUAGACCCCGCGUCGACCGCAGCGCAGCGCGUGGCGCCGCUGCUGCUGGUGCUGCGGCGCGUCGUCAACUGCCGCGUCAAGCUCUUCCUCAACCCGCAGGACAAGAACUCCGACAUGCCCCUCAAGAGUUUCUACCGCUACGUGCUGGAACCCGAGCUGCAGUUCACGAGGUCGGGCGCGGCGGCGGGCGGUGCAAUGGCGCGCUUCGCGCGGCUGCCUCACGCGCCGCUGCUGUCGCUGGACCUGCGCACGCCCGCCAACUGGCUCGUCGAGUGUGUCAAGUCCGUGUACGACCUGGACAACAUAAGGCUGGCUGACGUCGACACGGUAGUGCACAGCGAGUUCGAGCUGGAGUACCUGCUGUUGGAGGGGCACGCGUGGGACGCGACGCUAGGCAACCCGCCGCGCGGGCUGCAGCUGGUGCUGGGUCCGCGCGCGCGCGCUGACACUGUCGACACCAUCGUCAUGGCCAACCUCGGCUACUUCCAGCUCAAGGCCAACCCCGGCGCCUGGACGCUGCGCCUGCGACCCGGCCGCUCUGAUGACAUCUACCAGAUUAUUGGGCACGAAAACACGGACACACCCGCCGGCAGCGAAGAAAUCCAAGUGCUGAUGAGCUCGUUCCGUAGCCACGUGAUUAAACUACGAGUGAGCAAGAAGCCAGACAAGCAGAACCACGACCUGCUCGUCGACAACGAGGACAUCAACCAGGGCGGCAUAUGGAACUCCAUCGCCAGUUCUUUCGGUGGCGGCGAGGAUGCGGAGUCGCAGGAACAGACUAUAAACGUGUUCUCCGUGGCUUCCGGGCAUCUCUAUGAGCGCUUCCUGCGCAUCAUGAUGCUGUCGGUGCUCAAGCACACCAAGUCGCCCGUCAAGUUCUGGUUCCUCAAGAACUACCUCAGCCCGUCGCUAAAGGAUAUUCUCCCGUACAUGGCCCAAGAGUACGGAUUCGAGUACGAGCUGGUGCAGUACCAGUGGCCGCGCUGGCUGCAGCGGCAGCGCGACCGGCAGCGCACCAUCUGGGGCUACAAGAUCCUCUUCCUCGACGUGCUGUUCCCGCUCCACGUCAAGAAGAUCAUCUUCGUCGAUGCGGACCAGAUCGUCCGCGCUGACCUGAAGGAGCUAGUAGACUUAGACUUGGGCGGCGCGCCUUACGGGUACACGCCCUUCUGUGAUACUAGAAAGGAAAUGGAAGGAUUCAGGUUCUGGAAGCAAGGGUACUGGCGCAACCACCUGCAGGGCCGCAGCUACCACAUCAGCGCGCUGUACGUGGUCGACCUCAAGCGCUUCCGGCGCAUCGCCGCCGGCGACCGUCUGCGCGGCCAGUACCAGGCGCUCAGCCAGGACCCCAACAGUCUUUCCAACUUAGAUCAAGAUUUACCGAACAACAUGAUUCAUCAAGUUGCGAUAAAAUCCCUACCACAGGAGUGGCUCUGGUGCGAGACAUGGUGCGAUGAAAAUACAAAACCACAAGCGAAAACAAUCGAUUUGUGUAAUAACCCGAUGACGAAGGAGGCGAAGCUGUCGGCGGCGAUGCGCAUCGUGCCCGAGUGGAGCGAGUACGACGGCGAGGUGAAGGCGCUGCAGGCGCGCGUGCGCCGCGGCCUCUACCAGGCCGCCGACCACGACCAGGAAAUCGAGACCAACAUUCACGACCCAAUCACAACAUCAAGUGAUGAUACAGGUCGUCUCCACGACGUACACACAGAGUUAUGAUGAGGUGUAUGUAUGUAUGUAUGAUAUUUUAAUAUUUUACCUGAUGUCGGUUUUUGUUAUACGUUACAAGCAAUAAUAUGUGUGUAUAUUAAGACAAUUGUACAUUUUAAACGGAACCACCAAACAUUCUUCGCUAUAACAUUUCCGUAUCGUUUAUUGUUUGUGUACAAUUUGUUGGAGGCUCGAUACAUACAAACAUACGCUGGACUAGAAGGUUCAAUAAGGAAAUAUUUUACUUGAAUAUUUUCACAAAUGUUGUAAAAACAUGUUCGUUCAGAAAGUUGCCUUAUCAAAGAUUGAUAAUGUGAAAUGGAUUGCCAAUAAAUGUACGCCCGAUGUUUCCAGUUAGCAAGAAUGCGACUAGUAUAAGGUGUUAUAUUGUAACAUUUAGUAUCAAUUUCGUUUUACAUUAACUGACAUCAGUUCGUAGCACGUAAGCAUAGUAUGAUUUCAAGUGAUGUUAAUGUAUGGUGGUUUGAGACAUGUACAUGUAAUAUGGUGCGAACGUUUUGAUUUAAUUGUUUUGUUAUAAAUUAUCGAGGUACACGAGGUACACGCCUCGCCUGCAUUGUUUUUAUCGCACGUUUGUUGUACAAUGUAUUAUUAAUCAGUAACUCUUUUCCUUUGAUUUCGUUAUAUGUUACAGAAUUCUUGUUAGUGUAAUCAACUGCAUGUUUUAUUUCUCAAUCCCAAUUAAUCCAAUUAUUUUGGCAAGAAACGAACGCUAGUUUACCUGCAGCGUAGCCUUGUACCGCAAAGAUACAAGCUAAGAUCAAAUUUGUAACCCUUAAACAAUAUGAAAGGUUAGUAAUAAGGUUGUUGAUUUUCUCAUUACUGUAAAACUGUUGUUUAGUCAGAAUGUAGAUGUAAUAAUUAUUUGUACAACAAGAGAGCAAAGUUAGAUAUUUCAUCGAGCGCUUAUUUUUAAUUCCCGUGCAAGUGCACGAGCGUAGCGAGUGAAUCUUAUUUAGGAUCUUGAGCGUAGCAAGGGACUCAAAAGCACACGAGAUGUAAAUAGACUUUUCGCCUCAGCAGUGAGAACAUAUUUAGGAAGGAAGAAUACAACCUGAAAAAAAUUUAAUCCUUCAUCACUUUUUCGCUCAUCUUUUCUUAAGAUACUCUAAGAAUUAAGUUUAAUUACCGCAAUAAAACACAAAAACAAAACGAAAUAAAUUUCAUUGAAUUAACAUGAAAUAACAUCAACUGACAGCUUAAUCGACAACUUAAAAAAAAAAAACAAGUUGGGGUUCGAAUUGUAGAUACUAUAUUUAUCAAAUAUAGUAAAGAUCGUUAAAAGUAGAAUUAUAUAUUUUGCGUGAUAAUCUUUGUAUUUUUUUAAGUUCAUUAUUUUUAUUGUAAAAUAAAAUACGUUAAAUUUAGUGUUAUAAUUAAAUUUGUUUUUUUUUUUUUAAAUAAUUAUUUAUUACGAAUUCAUACUCGUAGGUGUUUUGGACCGAUGCUUUCUGAUUCUGACUUAUUUCGGGGGUCUAUUAUAAACCGUCAAUAUACCGUUGACGUUUGAACUUUUUUUGUCUCUUUCUUUUUGUUAAUGACGUGAAAGGGACAGAGGGAAUAGAAUCCAAGUAUUUCGAACUUGUAUUAGGCCCCACUUGUCGAAAUGACAUUCGAGUAUAAAGGUUACUUGAAUGUCAUUUUGUCUCACUCAGUGAGCAAAAUCCGAUUUUGUUCACUAUUUUUAAGUAGCAAAGUACCAUUGUUCGUGCUGCUGAGGUGAAAAAAUAAUUGUGUUUAUCCGCUGUGACCAACCCUUUCAAUGAUUGUCUUAGUUAACCGCUAGAUGAUGAACUUCGCUCAUUAGUGAGAUAAAUGUUUCACGCCAUGAAGUGAGAAAUAGUUGCAUUUCACAUUAUCCCAGUAUAUGGCUAGCUCGUGUCGACGUGGCUCGUGGUGGCAAAAUAUAUACUAGCGAUGUAGAUUAAACAGAGAUUUACGAGUAAGAGCACAGUAUAAAAUAAUUAGAGUUAAUCAGGUUCCGGCAGGACCAGUCCAGGUGAAUGAUCACACACACACACACACACACACACACACACACACACACACACACACACACACACACACACACACACACACACACACACACACACACACACACACACACACACACACACACACACACACACACACACACACAUACACAGCUAUAUAGAGUAGAUACCUAAUGAUUGCAUGUACAUUGUAUUUUCGAAAUAAUUAAAUUAUCUUUGGUUUGAACGAUUAAGACUGUGGGGUAUCCCAUACCCAUAUUUAUUCUAUUCUAUAGUAAUUAGUACAAAAAUAUUAUUUUUCACCUCAGCAGCUCGAACAAGCCUACUUUCAUCACUCCCUGGAGUGAGGAAAGUGCUACUUUCCUCACUCCAGGGAGUGAAACAAUGCAGCUUUUUAAUUUAGUGAAGGCCAUGAACUUCAUACUACGGUACAGUACGGUACGGUACGGUACGGUACGGUCCGGUCCGGUCCGGUCCGGUCCGGUCCGGUCCGGUCCGGUCUCGUAUUGUAUCGUAUCGUAUCGUAUCUUAUCGUAUCGUACAUAUUAUAAUACUUUUUUUCUGUUUAUUCUGUGUAAUUCGAAAUACAUUUUAACCUUUAAUAUGUUCUCACUACUGAGGUGAAAAAUGAUGUGUGCAACACGAGAGCAAUCAUUUACAUCUCGUGUUUUUGAGUCCCUCGCUACGCUCAAGAUUCUACCUUAGAAUCUUUCGCUUUCUCUGGACUCAAAAUAAACACUCGCAAGAAAAACCAACUUUCCUCUCUUGUUGCACAAAUAACUAUUGCUAAUCCGCGAAAAGAUAACGUAACGCUGAACAUUCACCUUCCAUCAUCAUUUAGUACCACGCAACUUCUGUCACCUUAUAGUAAGUCUAUAAAUAAAAUAGUCGAAUCUAGCCUCACCGCUUCCUUUCUCCAAAUUGUAUGAAUUCUCCGGCUAUUUUCGCGAUGUUCCGAUGACCUUCUAGGACUAAAUAUUGACCUUAAACAAAGGAACAUUCCGAACACUACGCCUGCAGAAAGUGAUACGAACAUUGUAGACGUGAUUUGGUGGCUCAAUUAGAUACGCUAACGUCUUCCAAUCCACUUUCCAGAUGGCUUACAGCGGUAUUUGAUUAAGCUUUCAAAACUUCGUUCUUACUAUUUUGCACUUUUAACACGCAUGUUCCAUUGUCUAUGAUUAUAACUCUUUACUCUUUGACUAUAGGGAUACUACCUACGGGAUGUCAAACCAAUGUUCCUAAAUUGAAUAAAUUGUAGCAAUUUGUUACACUUGUAGUAUCCGGUCCGCGUAAAUAUGUGAAUUCAAACUUUCCUGCUUUGGCAAUAUCAUAAACAUAAAUAAAUGUCAACAGUCAA